AUGGAUGCGGAAGAGAAGAGACACUUACCUUUCUUGGAUGUGGAGAUCAAAAAACGACUUUUCCUAAAGAAAUCGCAUGCUGGAAUAACUCAUAACUUCCAGUCGAACCAUACUUAUGGAAUGAAGCGUAGAAUACUCCGAAGUAUGGUCAUAAGAAGCCUAUGGCUCACUGAUUCUGAAUUCUGGGAAGAGGAAAUGGGAAAGCUAACUCAGAUGUCUCUUGGAAACGGAUAUCGAGAAGAAGCAAAUGGAAGGGCGGAGAUUAGGAAGGGAAAGCAAGAGGAACGGAGGAAAAACGAUGUACAUGUCUACCCUUCUGCGAAUUGGCUCGGAGGCUACGGUCGAUACUAG